AGUCAGACAAUCAGACAGGGGCCUUCUUCUACUGUUUCUCUAAUGUCGCCCAAGAAACGAAGCAACAAGCAACAAGACCCAGCGAAGCCCGAGUUGGCAGAGUUGCAGGCGAGGGUGACUCGGAGCUCGGCCAAGCGAGCGGCCAAAGCUGGCCUGACUGAGUCGGAGCCCGAGUUGCUGAAGAAGAAGAUGACGAAGAAGGCUGCGAAGAAGGAAGAAGAGCACGAGGAGAAAAACUCGGUUCCGAACUCGAAGACCGUCGUGAUUGAGCAGCCGGAACCUGAGUUGCUGAAGAGGAAGGCCAAGAAGGUUGAGGAGAAGGAAGAAGAGCUAGAGGAAGUAAACUCAGACACGACCGCGAAGACCAUCGUGAUUGAGCACUGCAAACAAUGCAAUUCAUUCAAGACAAGGGCCAUACAGGUGGAAGAAGGUUUGGAGAAAAGUGUUGCCGGUAUCCCAGUGCAAUCCUGACAAGGCUUGGAAACUUUGGAGGGAUGGAACACACUUGGAUUUGGUGGAUCCAACAUUGGGAGACUCUUAUUUGAGAGAUGAAGUCAUUAAAUGUCUCCAUAUUGGCUUACUAUCUAUACAGAUUGAUCCAGUUGAUAGGCCAACAAUAAAAUCCAUAGUUUUCUUGCUAAUCAGCUACUUAGUUCCUCUGCCAUCACCUAAAGAAGUAAAGAACCAGCAUAUUUAUUUAGAAGUUUUGGAGAGCAAAACAUGCAAUCAAAUGAGAUAGAGUCAGAUCAAUCUAGAAGCAAAUCACUGCCCAUGUCUGUCGAUGAAGCAUCAUAGUAAGAGUUUAAGAGUCUUUCAGUUUUUUAGCAGUGGGAGUAAGUUGUAAGUCUAUAUAAGUACAGUUUAUGAAUAUAAUUGAUAGAAAGAAGUUUAUUUUCAAAUAUAUAUUUGAAGGAGGUUCAGGUUCACUUUAAGUAGCCUACCCAAAUCUCUUAAUAGUAUGUAAUUAUUGGCUCCUAUAAGACUAUCUCUAUGUUAUCACCUCAAGAUUCUUUAUU